GCACUUUUUUGUGUUUACUCCCACCCACGCAAACACUUCUAGAUUAAGAGACCUCAGACUCUCAGUGAGUGAGGAAGUGUUUUUGGUGUCUUGGACUUGAUCGUCUAGUGUUGACUCCACAGUCUGAGUCGAGUUGUAGCAGGACAAACAGUCGUUCACUAACAGCAAUGUGGGACUUUCAAGGAUAUCGUGUUUUCAGCUUUGGCGUGCUAAUGUUUGGAAUUCUUCAGGGUGUGUGUGGUGUUUUGGCUGACACAGUAAUGGUGCUCAAAGUUGGGAGCUCCCUAGAUCUUCCAUUUCAAUACCCAAUUGAAUCAGUGUUAUCGGUUCAGUGGAUCUUCAAUGGGAAAACUUUUGCUGAAUACAGUACAGACCAAAAUUACACACUUCUGGAAUCCCAGUUCAGUGGAAGAUUAAAGGAGAACAAUGAUAGAGUUGGAGUAACUGUACAAGAUCUUCAACCCCAAGACUCUGGGACAUUCUCAGUGGCUGCACCUAGCAUUACAACACAGCUUCCAACACAGAUAUUUAAAGUUUAUAUUCAAAUUCCCAUAACAGCUGUGCAGAUUGAGAAGAAUCAGGCGUGGAGAUUGUCCACAAACAGCUGUGAUGUUGAUGUGAAGUGUGUAGCGCUCGGAGCUGAGAGUGUCUCCUACCUGUGGAGCGGCUAUAAGAAUGGGAGUGGAGCUCAGCUGCAGUUCAGUCUUUCACCAGCAGAAGGAGCUGUUACACUGAACUGCACUGCAGCUAACAACGUCAGCUCCAGUUCUGCUACAGAGACACUGAGCUGUGAGCAGAGCAAAACAAGUGCCAUAUCACUGUAUGUGUGGAUUGCAGUAGCAGGAGGUGCUCUAACUGUAAUCUUCGUUGUGAUUGCUGCACUGUGUUAUUGCUGGAGAUCUCACAAAAAUGGCAGUACUUCUGAAGCGGGUAAUACAGUGUACGCAGAUGUCAAUGCCGGACCCACUGUGCAGAAAGAUAAGCGUUCUGAGAGUGUUGUAAAUGGAAUGACCGUUUAUGAAACUGUGAACGAUCUCAGAGUGAGCCCAGAAAUGACUAUUUAUGCUAAAGUGACACUUCCACAGCAUACAAGGGUUGGUGCUACCUCUUCCUCGCCUUACCAGCAAGUUCUCUGAACUGUAAAGACAUUAAGGAAGUGUUUUCCUCAUAUUUUUACUUUAUAUUAUGAUAUAUAUGCAAGUAGUAAAGAAUUAUGAAAUUGUGUACAUUUGUAUAAAAAAAAC